AUGUGGCUAGAGUGGCUCAGAUCACCAAGUAGGGCUCACACCUCCCCAAGACAGCCGCCGGAGCCACCUUCACCAAGGUACUUCUCCUGCUUAUCUUUCAAAGAUAUCAAUGCCAUUCUAGAAGAAGAAAAUGGAUCCAAAUCCCAAAUCCCCAGAAGACCCUCCAUUUUCCACCGCGCCUCCCCACUCCACCGCCACCACCGCAACCGCUCUAAAACAUUCAUAAUUUCACCACCUCCUAACCAGGAUGACCACAAGAUCAUCCUCUACUUUACCAGCCUCGGCGUUGUUCGCAAAACAUUCGAAGAUUGCAGAACCGUCAGAUCAAUCCUCCGUGGAUUUCACGUCCCAAUUGACGAGCGAGAUUUGUCCAUGGAUGCCGGGUAUCUCGACGAAAUACAGAUUAUCACUGCGUCCAAAAAAGUUAGGUUACCUGCAGUUUUCUUAGGAGGGAAUUAUGUUGGUGGGGCCGAGGAGAUCAAGAAGAUGAAUGAGAGUGGUGAGUUGAGUAAGCUGCUUGGUGGGUUACCUGCAAUGGCAGCCAUAAGAUCUACUCUGAGAAGCAUGGGUUUAGGACCUGCGCAUCGUGCAAUGUAA